AUGGAGAUCGGCAAGACAACGCUGAAUAUGUAUGAAACCAAAAUGGUCCAAACAUAUGCUAGCGUUGCAGCGAGAGGCGGCCUAGCAACCAGCAUACAUAACCCUCAAAGCCGCAAAACACUGACAGUACAACCACAACGUGAAAUCAUCGUGAACAUUAGGGACCCUGUCACCGUCGGGCACUUCAGAACUAUGACCCCACGUGCCCUCAAAGCGCACGUAGAUAAUGCCAUCGAGCAAAGCGGUAAUUCCUAA